UAGCUCUCAUUAGAAUUCAUACGGAAAAAACAUGCAUAAUUCUUUCAAACAGGGGCAGAGCCCUAUAUAUACAUGCAUAAUUCUUUCAAAAAGGGGCAGAUAUGCAGGGGGUGCUGAGCCCAUGUACAUGUCCAUGGAAAAUUAGCCUUUUAAUCUUGAAUUUUGCACACAAAACAUGAAGUUAUUAGUCUAAUAAGUUCAAUAGCUAGUCUCAAUGCAACACUCCCUUUUUGCAUUUGAUCAGAUCUGGAUCCGCCCGUCUCUCAAUAUGUCUACAGCAGUGCCCUGUCCAUAUAUAUAUAGCCAAGGCUAAAAGAUGGAGCAUACAACACACACACACACACACACACACACACACACUUCGUUAAUAUAUUGUUCUAUGGCUGAUUGGCGCAGUUGCUCUCUAUAGGCCGGCUAUAUAUCUGGCUCCUCCUUAAGUCCUUAUCCGUCUGCACCACCAUUAGUUCAGCUAGCUUAGCUCGGCCACUUGUUCGUCCUCCUCCAAUUUUUCUGGCAGCUGUUGUGUCUACGUCCAUAUGUGUCCCCAUAUGUUCAUACAUAUCUAGAGCGAGAGAGGCUGAGACAGUGAGAUUGAGAGGGUUUGGAAGGGAUCUAUCGAUGGAGAUGGGCGCCGGCAAGAAGAGCAGGAGCAGCAGCGAUACUGCAACGGCAGGUAAGAGAAGCAGCAUGCGGAGCAACAGCAGCGGCACAACGGCGGUGGAGAGGAAGGAGAUCGAGAGGAAGAGGCGGCAGCAAAUGAAGAGCCUCUGCGCCACGCUCGCCUCCCUCAUCCCCAAAGAAGAUUACUCCAGGGACGCUAUGACCCAGCUGGGUAGCUUGGACGAAGCGGCGGCGUACAUCAAGAAGCUCAAGGAAAGGGUAGACGAGCUGCAGCAGAAGAGGAGCUCUGCGCAGCUCAUGGCCGCUGACACCAGCGGCGGAGGAGGAGGAGGAGGAGGUAGCGUCGCCUCAACAUCGGCGGCGGCGACAGCAGCCAGCGGCGGCGCGAGGUCGGAAGAAGACGCCGCCGAGGAGGCCGCGGAGGCACCGGUGGUGGAGGUUGUGCACUACAAUGACGGGUCGAGCCUGGACGUGGUGCUCAUCAGCAGCGUGGAGCGGCCGUUCAAGCUGCACGAGGUGGUCACCGUGCUGGAGGAAGAAGGCGCCGAGAUCAUCAACGCUAACCUCUCCGUCGUCGGCCGCAAAAUCUUUCACACCAUCCACUGCCGGGUACGCGAUAAUCCUUCUAUAAUAAUCUUUUGUAUAUUCAAUAUAAUGCGUGCUGCUUCAAUUCGUUCUAAUAUAAUAAUCUUGAAGCAACAGAGGUCUCUCGAAUAUUGCAGAUACACCCAUCUGUUAUUAGUUUUCAGCGCAGGAAUUAAUCUACUCUCAGGAACAGUUAGUAGUGGACGCUUCCAGUUCCAGUCUCCAGUGCCUGCGCGCGUGCUGGAAAGCCUGAAAGCCACUAAUAUAUUAUUUCGUUCCCUACAUGAACUCUCUAUUAAAAAGUUUACUUUUUAUCUGAAGUUAAUCAUAUCAAAUUCGAGUUAAAAUACUAAUAAAAAUGUAUUAAUAAAAUAAUAAUGCUUUAUCCUAAAAAAAUACGAAUGAGCAAUACAGCGAGCAUGCAUAUAUAUAUAUAUAUAUAUAUAUAUAUAUAUAUAUAUAUAUGUAUAUAUAUAUAUAUAUAAGAGUAGAGUAGUGGUGCAGAAGGUUCACAUAAACAUCAGGCUUUGCAUGGACAUUUACUCUCUCCGUGUAGAGGAAGAAAAGGAGAGUAUUGGAAAAGACACAUGAGAUAGACCCGUCAAUUAUAUGUGCAUGAGUCAUUGUUCUUGUCAUAUCUGACGGAAUCUUUUCUCUAGCAUUUUAGAGGUGACAGCGAUUCUUCCAGAAGGAUUAUUUCUGAUAUGUUCUCUCAUUGCAAAAAAUAAUAAUAAUAAAAUAAAACAAAAUCACUCAUUCGUUGUUCUUGUCAUUUCCUGCUCUACCAAAAUUUGCUCUACAUACUGUACUAUGAAGCACCUAUGAUUUAGUUACUUUAUCUUUCUGUUGAUUUAUAGAGCCCCCUUUCCCCCCAAGAAAACUUUCUUUACAAAAAGACAAAAGUUGCACUUUGCCAGCCAUCUCUGUAAAUCAAAAUAAAUCCAGUUUAUAUAGCCAUGAUAAAAGAGUCCCUCACGUGUGAUGGGUUGAUGUGUAUGGAUGAUUUCUAGAAACCAAUGUGGUGCUAAAAAUUCAGUUAAAUAUAUACGGAGUGCUCAAUUAGUGUGGUGCUAACUGCUAUUUUAUUAAAAGCUUGCAUGACUGCCUUCUGAUAUACAUAUUGCACUUCCUUCCUUUGUGUAACUGCAUGCAGGCCUUUAGCCCAAGAAUCGGCAUAGAGGUUUCAAGAGUUUCUGAAAGACUAAGAGCAUUGGUUUGAUAUGGUAUAGAUAUUGCAAAUCUAGAAAACCAAUAGAGCUCUAUUUUUACUACCCAGAUUUUUCCAUGUCUAUGGUCCAACACGAUGUUCAAAUAAAUAUGUCUAGUUAUACCAUGCAAAUUUUUCAAAAGUUUGUUGUUUGUUUUAGCCUGAAGAAAAAAAAAAUACAAGCUUGAUUGCUAUA